UCCCAGACGAGCGCAAAGCCUGUUCUCUAAUGGGUGUGUGCGCUCCAGACCCAAAGCGGCCCGGGCCACUUCGCAGCGGCACCACCUCAUCUGGCAGCGUGCAGGGCCUGCCGGAGCCCAGACUAACUGACCACCUUCGUGCAGACGUGCUCGCAGCGUGGAGAGCAGAGCGGGAGGGAGGAGGAAGGAGGGCGUUGGGAGCCGAGGCCCCACCUUUCAUUCCAGCAGAGAGCACAGGGAGGGGGAUGACUCACGGGCGCUCAGAUUCCCAAAGGUGAGCGACUCAGUCUCCGCUCGGGAAAGCGCGGUGCUCGCUGCGGCUCCCCUCCCGGAGUGGCCUCGGCAGGGUGUCGGAGCCGCGUCUGCCCCGUCUGGUCUCAGGGCCAGGGCUGGGUGCCCUCAUGUAUGGCAAGAGCUCUGCGCGUGUGGCACUGUUCCUGCUUGGCUUCCAGCUCACAGCUCCGUGGUCUAUAGCGGCUGUGGAAAUCUACACCUCCCGGGCCCUGGAGGCUGUUAACGGGACGGACGUGCGGUUAAAAUGCACUUUCUCCAGUUUCGCUCCUGUGGGCGAUGCUCUAACAGUGACCUGGAAUUUCCGGCCUCGAGAUGGGGGGCCUGAGCAGUUCGUAUUCUACUAUCACAUGGAUCCCUUCACACCCAUGAGUGGGAGGUUCAAGGACCGGGUGUCCUGGGAUGGGAACCCUGACAGGUAUGAUGUCUCCAUCUACCUCUGGAAGCUGCAGUUCGAUGACAAUGGGACGUACACCUGCCAGGUGAAGAACCCACCUGACGUGGAUGGGCUAAUCGGGGAGAUCCGGCUCAGCGUAGUGAACACCGUGCGCUUCUCUGAGAUGCACUUCCUGGCUCUGGCCAUCGGCUCUGCGUGUGCACUGAUGGUCAUAAUCGUGAUCGGGGUGGUCCUCUUCCAGCAUUUCCGGAAAAAGCGAUGGGCCGAGCGAGCUCAUAAAGUGGUGGAGAUAAAAUCAAAAGAAGAGGAAAAGCUCAAUCAAGGAAAAAAGGUCUCUGUUUACUUAGAAGACUGACAUCGUAGAUGGGUGUGUGACGAUCUCCAAGAACAAGAACUCUAGUAUUUUUUGAAGUCAAUGGAAGCUUUUCUUUGGCUCUUCCAGUCGUGACCUGUCUUCCACACGGUUCUACAGUGCAUCUCCACCUAGAAAGCAACAUGCCGUUGGCGCCAGCUCAGAUUUCUUCUUGAGCAGAUAUCGCCAACUUACACACAGCGUCAUGACCAAGGUUUUCAGUUUAGAGAGCACAUAUUUUCCAAUGCUCAUUUGCUUUUGUAGCCUAAGCAGCUACAUUUUUUGCCCUUACACACUCCUUAUGGAUUAUGACUUUUAUACAUAGUAUAUUGGCCUUAAAUGGGAUAAAAGCCCACUUGGCUCUCAUGACACUGCCCUUGGCACAUUCGUUUCUUUACAGCAACUUUUGUGCUACUAAAAUCAACGUGUUUAUUCUCUUUCUUUCUCAUAUUCUUGAUUAAAAGGCAAGCUAAGUCUCCCAGCUAUUUUUGAUUAAUAGUAAACCCUAAAUUCAUACUGUUAACAGUUUGAUUUUUUUUUAUUUCUCUCCUUAAGUAUGGGACACAGCUUGUUUCAGUGAAUUUCUUCUAAUGUCCCAGGUGAGAGGGAUAUUUAUUUUUAUCUUUUGAUCCAAGGUUUACAAUUGCACAAGUCUAAAUCAUUUGGUAACUACAAAAGGUUGCAUAAAUGCUCAUAGAAUGACAGAUGCCACCUCAGGAUGGAACACUUGUCAUCUUUUUUCUGCGUCAUGAAAAAGAAUUAACAGCAUAGGUCUUUCAGGAGCAGUGACUGACAGUUGAGUUUUCUAUUAUUUCCCCCAGUUCACUGAUACAUAGCAACGGAGCUAUGUCUAUACUUACUUCUGAGCUGGAAUCAUGAAGUAGUUGAAUACCAUUUGGAAACAGUACAUUAUAACUUUGAAAAUUCAGGCUGGUGACAAAAAUCAACCCUAACAUUUUUUUGUUCAGUAUUAUAACAAAGCUCUAAGAAAUGGAAGAGAUCAUUCAAGCCUUUUGUUUUUUAAGUUAUAAUUUGUUGGCUUAUUUUGGGGGAUGGAGAAUUUGGUAUGAGUUAAAGAAAUACCCAGACUACUUUAACUCCAUGAAACCAAAUUUUUUCUUUUCUUUCUAAGGGUGUGUGUGCUCGUGGAGUGAGACAGACAGGGAAAGUGAGAAAUUACCCCCCUGGGAG